UUACCUUGGUUUGGGUUACUGGACUUUGCGGUCGUAUCGAAUUGUUGUACUGUAUGUAGUCUUGUACUACGUCGAGCGGCAGGCCGGGUGGGUGUAAUAUCUGCUGUGGGUACAUCGUCUACGGGAUGGUCGUCAUCAGAACGGUCGUUGACACGUUCUGGUGCAUCGGGAGUUCGUUCUGGCACUGAAUAUGUACAACAAAAUAUUGUUGAGAACACACGUAUAAAAGCAAAGAACACUGAUAUACGGAUAGUCAAGUGGCUCAUGAGCCACUUGCAUGGCUUAUCCACGCGUGUUCGAACCCCCUCCUCUACAAAUUUUUUAGAGCCACAUCACCAGGAACUCCCACAGGCCACAGUGGUCGCUUUGUUUCGCGACUACCAUCCAGAAAAGUUUUCCGGCCAAGGAGAUCCUCGUGUAGUAGACGAAUGGGUUCAGGGUCUCGAGAUUAUUUUCGAGGUCAUGAACUGCCCUGAUCGUUAUCGCAUGUUAUGUGCCCAGAUCCAGCUGACCGUUGAUGCCAGACUCUGGUGGCAAGCCUAUUGGAGUAUGCGUCCCGGUGAAAAAGACGGUUGUACGUGGGACCAGUUCAAGGAGCUGAUCCGAGAAAAGUAUUAUCCCUCGUAUUACCGAGCAGACAUGGAGCGCCAGUUCUUAGCACUCACUCAGGGUACUCGUACUGUUGACGAGUACGAACGAGAGUUCACUCGUCUCGGAGCCUUU